AUGGAACAACCAAUUGUUCUGGAUCAAGGAACAGGAUUCGUUAAGAUCGGCCGUGGAGGUACCAACUUCCCGGACCACACGUUCCCUUCUAUUGUUGGAAGACCUAUACUGCGUGCUGAAGAAAGAACUGGGACUGUGGAAAUUAAAGAUAUCAUGUGUGGAGACGAAGCCAGUAGUGUUCGUAGUGCUCUGCAAAUAUCGUAUCCCAUGGAGAACGGAAUCAUCAAAAACUGGGAAGACAUGGAACACCUCUGGGAUUACGCCUUUUAUGAGCGUAUGAAGAUAGAUACCACGGAUCGUAAAGUCUUACUCACAGAACCCCCGAUGAACCCGCUCAAGAAUAGAGAAAAGAUGUGUGAUGUCAUGUUUGAAAAAUAUCACUUCGGACACGUUUAUGUGGCCAUUCAGGCCGUUUUAGCGCUUUAUGCUCAAGGAUUAUCAUCAGGAGUUGUCGUUGAUAGUGGAGACGGUGUCACUCAUAUUGUCCCUGUUUAUGAAUCUGUGGUUCUGAGCCACCUGACAAAGCGCCUUGACGUCGCCGGUAGAGAUGUUACAAGAAAUCUCAUCAACUUGCUUCUUAGAAGAGGCUAUGCGUUUAACAGAACAGCUGAUUUCGAAACAGUUCGUCAGAUUAAGGAGAAACUAUGUUACGUUUCAUACGACUUGGAUUUUGACACCAAGCUGGCCAAUGAUACUACCACACUAGUCGAAAGCUAUGAACUUCCAGAUGGUAGAGUUAUAAAAUGUUCUUCAGAAAGAUUUGAAGCUCCUGAAUGUCUUUUCCAGCCUAACUUGGUUGAUGUUGAGCAACCUGGUGUUGGCGAGUCCUUGUUUAACGUUAUUCAAUCUGCUGAUGUGGAUAUUAGAUCUACAUUAUUCAAGUCCAUUGUUCUCUCAGGAGGAUCUAGUAUGUACCCAGGAUUGCCAUCCAGAUUGGAAAAGGAACUGAAACAGCAAUGGUUCCAUAAGGUUCUCCGCGGCGAUCCAACAAGAUUGGAGAAAUUCAAGGUUCGUAUAGAAGACCCCCCCAGGAGGAAGCAAAUGGUUUUCAUUGGAGGUGCGGUUCUGGCCAACAUCAUGGCCGACAAAGACCACAUGUGGAUCAGUAGACAGGAGUGGGAAGAGCAAGGUCCUCGAGUUUUAGAGAAGCUUGGCUCAAGAUAA